CGCUCCUUUCUUGCUCGAAACAGUGACACCUUCCUCAGAGCCUCCUUCCAGGCUCAGAAUGUGUAUUUGACCAACAUUUAUCUGUUCAAAGAGAACUGACAUUAGGAUGACAGUGACAGCCCAUGUUUGCUGGCAUGUUCCAACUGGGACUGUUGCUGACAGGAUUCUAUAGGAGAAGACAGCAUUAAUUUUUGUGCUAAUUGCAGUAUUAAUGAAGGCUGGACUGAUAUAAUUUAAUAUCACUGUUAGCACUUGAAAGUGUUUCUGCUACAUCUGCUACUGGAGCCUGCGAGCCAACAUUUUCAAGCUUAGAUGUCCAUGGCAAGAAGUAAGUCAGCGGAACUUGAGGGGGAAAUUUCCACAGAUGUGGAAGGAACAAUUUCUGACGGGAGCAUGAGGGAACCAACUUGAAACCUUUAGAAAAGCACCCCUAUACUGAAGUGCAUAAAUGUGGAAUAAGGCCCAAGAUCCCUCAUGUCAUAUAGAAACCUGGUUAUGACUGAGCCACCUGCCCUCCCUCAGGAACCAUUAAAGCACAGGGGACAUACAUACAGACCUACAGAUGCCUGCCUGACAUGCCCUUCUUUCGCAUUUAAAAUUUUACACUGACAUGCCCAGGAAUGCUUGGAUGUUUACGAACUUAAAAGGUGAGGUACCAAACGCUUAAUACACUUAGAAUCAGCUCCUCGUUAUAUGGGAGGAGCAGCAUUUUAUGAUAAACGUGUUAAAGUACACAAAAUGUAACCCAAAUCAUUUUAUAAAACCUUGCAGCACUUCUGUAAAAUUUUAUUUGCCAAUACGUUAGCUGCAAAGAGCAGACUUUAUUAUUAGCCAUUUCUUGUGGAGGAUUCUCCAAACUGGUAAAAGGAUAAAAUGUUCCUAUCUGAGUAGAGGCUUAAGUAACAGCUAAAUUAAAUCUUUGCAUUAAUAGUAUUCAUAAAAAGGCAGAUGGGAGCAGAAAAUGUUGCAAUGAAGAAUAUGGAAUGAGAUGAGAUCACAGCAUCAGUCUGUCCUUUGUAGAUCUGGACAAUGAUCACAGAGCCAGAUUGGAUUAGUGAAACCUAUUUACCAGAAGUUCAGAGCAGUUGCAUGAAGCUGAAAGGCAGUCAGGAGGGAGAGGUAGAAAAUGCACCAGAUUUACAGCUGCAGCGACGAAAAUUUAGAAGUUUUCACCACCGUGAUUUCAUCCAAAUCAUGUAGUCCUGCCCGAAGGAGAGCCAAAAGUACGCAGCACAUCCUAACCAAGAGUGUGAUAGCAGUGUCUGACUGUCAGCCCCACCACAGUAAUCUCCACCAAAUGUUCUACAGAGAAGAGGAGGUGCGGGGUUUGGGCCGCCUGCGGGGCGGGCAGCAGGGACCCUGCACCACCAUGCACGUGGGAAUAACUGAACGAGAGUCAUCCAAGUCCUGUAAUCACCAGUCAGAUAGAAAAUCUUUGCAGCCCCCAUCAUCGCUAGCCAUCCCCAUCGCAGCGAAGCCGGCGGCUCUCACAGGCUCCCCCACGGAUGACCAGCCGCUCGCAGACGACCACAGGCAGCGCUUGAGGAAGAUGGCAGAGUACGACCUGACCCUGCCACCAGGAGCAGAAGCUUCUCUACCACUGACAGGAGGCAACCUGUGCGGGACGCCCAGCCUGCUGAGGAAGAUGUGGAUGAAGCACAAGAAGAAGUCGGAGUACCUGGGGGCAACAAACAGUGCCUUUGAGGCAGACUGAUAAGUCCUGGCAUCACUCAGAAAGACAGAAGUUCCUUUAGCCAGGACAAGGUGCUCUAGGAUUGAUAAGGGAACAGACACAGCACAGCUCCCCCAGGAAAACGAUAUCCUUUUCAUUACUUGAUGCCAUUGCCUCAGAAAGGUAGGAGAAAGGCUAACUAAGGUAAAAAUGGUGAGUGUGAUGCAACAUGCUAGCCUUUCUUUGUUGCAAUACACUAGAACCCCAAGUAUCCCACUAGAUUUACGUCUUGACUCGAUGAUGCUGAAGCUACUGCUGACCUAUUGUACACGUCCUGUCUGAAUCAGCUCAGACUCACAACAAGAGAAGCCUGCCAAGAUGCUUGUGUGUUCCUGCAAGGUUACGGUUCUGUUUUUGUUACUGAGUGCCAUUGAGUGCCAGGGUUUGCUUGUUGUGUAUCACUGCUUGCCCUCUUCCUCUUCUCAUAUCCUCUCUUCUGAGAAAGGAGACAAAAAAUGCAUCUUACAAUUUGCUUGGUUGAAUGACGUAUGCUAGACAUCUUUUUUCUUCAGUUUUGAUGUCUCAAGACAGGAGUAAAAGGUGCAAAAAAUUUUAAAGAAAAGAUGAGUCAGAACUGAGCAAGUUUGCAAAUACAGAUUUACCAAACUUUGCCACACGGCAAGUCACUGGUGCUUUAAAGUGCCCUGCCAGUUCAAACUAUGAGCUACUGAAAAACCUCAAGAAAUACGUUCUUCCAUUGAACCUGAUUAUUAAGUCAGUAACUUGCUGUCUACCUGUGUGGUUCAGAAUAUUUUCCUAAGUGCGGAAAAUGCUAGUAGAAAAUACAUAAAUGAUGCAAGUAGACAACUAAAUGUGAGAUAUUUGCAUAUACCAGACCUUUGCUUAUGAGCUGGUGGAUUCAAUGGAAUCCCCUACCCCCAUUUUUUUUUCAAAAUUAGAAAUUGCUGACCACGGUCCCUUGGGCUUUCCUCUCAAAAAAAAAAGUAAUACAAAAAAUGUCACCGGUAUUACAGACAACAUUAUAUUAGUCAAGAACAAUACUUGUCUCACGUAAGUGCUCCCUUGGUUAUUGUACAAGACUUUGGUUUGCCUAAAUACACAAUUUUAAAUAUAAACUUGGGGAAAUUAUGGCUGCUGCAGCUCAUAGCAAUGAUGAUUUUCUCUGAUCUAACUGCCAGUGCUGCAAAGCAUAAAUGAAUAGGUGGCCAUUGGUGCGCCAGAGGUGUGAAUGGUAUGACUGCAGCCAGCAGUGUAACUGCAGUUACAUCUCCUUCCCUUCCUACCACAACUACCCAGGUAAUCUCUGCACUUGUGAUAUCUGCCAACUUCAUCCGCUGCUUGUGUUAAAAUCAUCUUCAACUUGGGCUUUGAAAAAACGUAUUCCAAGUUUCUCUUCCAGUGGAGGACUGAGAGAGCCUUGGAUUACAGCCUACAGAGGUGCAGGCUUGGGCAGUGAUCCACAGCCAAAGGCCACCAAAUCAGAGGUACCAAGGCACAGCCCAGGCAGAAGGGAAAGGCUGCAAAAGCAACCAGGUCCAUGGGCUUUGGGGUGAGAAGGGUGGAGAGGUACACAGGAAAGGUUCACAGCUGAGAAACCAAAGUCUGUGGGAUGUGAAAGCAACUGCAGCUGGUACCCAGCUUGUUUUAGAGAGCGCGUGUCCCCAGCUGCUCCAAGGAGCUGGACGUGCUGGAGAAGGUGUGAUGUGGCUGGAAGGGCGCCUUUAAAAACAUAUGAUGUCUCGUCACGCUGAGUCUGCCAAGAGGAGAGAGGAACUAGACCUUCAUAAAACACCUCAGCUGCCCAUCGGUGCUCAGUAACUUGGAGGACAGCACCACAGAUAGAAAUCACACAGCCUCUCCCCUUUCUCUUUUUUACCAAAGGCAAACAGCCUGACGCAGACCCAGCCCAGGGAGAUGAGCUCCUCUCCUGCUUCUCUUGCAUCCUCCCGGGAGAGGAGAAUCACACAGCUCCUUGUUAACCACACACAAUAGGAGGCAAACCCCUCACAGGGGUUCACCCCACCUUUCAGCUGGAGCUUUUCACCCACUGCCCACGUGCAAUAGUCUAGACGGUGUAACCCUGCCAACAUCAGGUCCUCCGUGGCUGAACCCAGCUGGAGCCAUCCCCAAAUUUUUCCUGAAAUGUGUUUUACAAAUAUCAUGAACCACACUAUCCCCUCCCCUGCCCCUAGCCCUGCCAGCAGCUUUGGCCUUGCUGGCACAUGCUAUUUUUACGUGAAUAGGUAAACCUAGUGCAUUCAGUGGGACUAUUUGCUUGUACAGCAACACAUACGUUCAAGGAGUAGGGAGAACAGUAAUAACUAGACUCAUUCCCUAAGCAAAGCAAA